ACAUAGAAUAUAACAAAUCAAGGCCUAUUUCAAGUCACCAAUAAACAAACCAUGGCAAAGCUCCACCACCUCUUCUAUGCAACUCUCCUCUACAACCUCCUCAAAACCACACCAGCACUAACCCAAAAUCCUUCAGAUCCCAAUCAGAGCCCCUUCUGCCACCCCUUCUACUCAUUCAUCUUCAAAAGCUGCGCCUUCACUGGUAUUAGCCGGCCACCCUUUGUGGUCCUCCCACCACCCUCUGCUCCUUACCAAUCUUCUGUGAAUCCACCAACAGAUUCUUCUCCGGCUACCAUUGUCUAUGUCUACCCUUUUCUCCCAUCUCCACUCCCUAUUGUUGUCUCCACCACGCCCCCUCCACCAUUAUUACCAGGCCUCCCUACUGUAAUACCAUCAUCACCUAACGAUCCUUAUUCUCUCUUGCCACCACCGCCACCACCAUCACUGACUUAUGUCUUCCCUUACUUACCACCACCGCCGCCACCACCGGUAGCAACGUUUCCUUAUGUGUAUCCAACUAUUGGCCCACCACAGGCCGGAGUGCAACCUACAAUUCCUAUUACGUAUCCAGGUACGCCAGCACCACCACAGCAAGUGACACUACCGCCUUUUUUACCGGUGGUUUAUCCUCCACCACCACCACAGCCAACGACUCUCCCUUCUCCUUUCCCUUACUAUCCUUACGUUACAGCCCCACCACCACCACUUUUCCCAGGUGGAUAUCCCUAUGUCUAUCCACCACCUCCGGCUCUACCAGUGUUUACACCUGGGCUUCCUCAGCAACCACCGAUUUUUCCUCUACAGCCACCAGUUAUUCCUCAACAACCACCUGUGUUUCCACUACAGCCACCGGUUACUUACCAACAGCCACCAGUCGUUUAUCAACAACCUCCCGUGAUCCCACAACAGCCGCCGGUAAUACCACAGCAACCACCGGUGGUGUUCCCCCAGAACCCACCUUACAUCACACAGCAGCCACCAGUCAUUCCACAGCAACCACCAGUCGUGUACCCGCAAAAUCCACCUUACAUCACACAGCAGCCGCCUAUCAUUCCACAAACACUUCCGCCUCCGGUGGUGUUUCCACAAAACCCACCUUACAUCACACAACAACCACCAGUAAUUCCACAGAUGCUUUCCCCACCGGCUGCAGUUACUUAUGUAUGGCCACUACUAGCAGCACCACCCCCACCAGUCACCUUUCCUUGAUGCAGUUUAAUAUGGUCACGGUCACAGAUGCUUAAAAGAGAGCAUGAGGCAUAAACUAGCCAUCAGAUUGGUCCAAAGUGAGAUGUGGUAGCUGAAGUGCUUCUCUCUCCGGCACAGCUGGCAGUAAGAGGAAGACCAGGGCCAAGAAAAGACAGACAGCUACACCCUUAUUAAUUGCACGGGGGUCUGAACCAGCCAAAGACUGCAAACUGCUUGCAUGCAGCACGGUGAGUCAAUGGACUGGAUGAUAUUUAUUUCAAUAUUAAAGAGGGAAACUUCACAUCCACUCCUUAGGAUUUCAUUUUUAAGCCAUUUUACAGUCUUGAGAUAUGUGUCCAUUAAAUAGUCAUAAACUGCAUUCAAGAAAAAUUUUGUACUUGUGUACAUACUUUUUUAUCUGAAUCAAUAAUCGACAUAUCUCAUGACCCAUUUGAUGC